GAUAGUUAUUGUUUGGUUGAAACAUCUCUAUAUUUUUAUAGACAACACACACAAGUGAAAAAAAUAUAUUGGCAUGUAGUUGUGUACGUUUUGAGUUUUUGAAAGCUAUUUCUACAUGAGUCUCUUGGGCGUAAUCCACGUAUAACUCUUAAAGCUCGCUUCUGAGCAAUGAACACCUUCCUUGGUAGUGGCUGGUUGCCACAGAAGUGAUGUCGUAUUCAAUGACUUCAGAAUGUACCAAAACAAGUGGUGGGACUUGACCUUGCAUUCUGCCUGUUGGAUGAUAAUUUUCUAGUGACCCUUCCAACUGCUCUAAAAGAGAUGGAUGGUUUAAGUGUUCUAACGGCCUCCAACAAUAUGAUGCGAAUUUUUCCAUACAAUUUGUUUCCAUUACAUGAAUUUGCUUUGGAUUUGUCAAAUAAUCCAUUCACUUCACGCUAUUUUGUGAUACCAGAUAGACCUCAGAAGUACAAAGUACCAUCUCUCAAAGAACUUGCUGCCCGAACUGUGGUUGACUACAGAUUACCUGUGACCACUUUACCAUGGUGUCUUAUAGAGUAUCUGCAAAGCGUGCAAUUUUGUGCAAUAUGCUCUGGUGGAUAUUUUGAGAGCUCUAUUGCAUGCCGUUAUAUACCCAGUUUCAGAGUCUGCAUUGAGGUUUUGCCAGGAAAUGGACACUUACAUGGUCCAGGUUUCAUUAUAAACUUGUGUUCAAGAAGCUGCAUGCAGCCAGAGUUAAAGUUUUGUGAGGUUCUCAAUCAUUUAACCCCUGAACAAUAUUACGACUGGAUUAAAGAAAUGUUUUGA